AGUGCCCCUAUAGCCUUCGCAGUGUCUCUUCGACCGUUAGAGCCGAGCGUCGUGCCGUGUGUACGCGCGAGCACGACUCGUUUGUAGUGUGUGUAUAUGUGUGUUUGUGCUGCUGCUACUACACAUGAUUUUAUCAGAGUCAAGAAAGGGGAAACAAAAAGACGUUGGCUGCAUGUGUGUGUUAGUCUGCCAAUUCGUGUGAGACGUGAAAAGUUUACCCAACGAUACAACGGAUUACAUUGACUUUGUCUACUAUCGAAAUUGCGAUAUCAAGGAUUAAGAAGAAGGAAAAAAAUAUCGGCACGAUGACAUUCCAAGAUACUAUGAAAUAGAAUCGGGGCCAACUGCUGUCUUUUGAAAGAAAAAAAAACCGUUACCAGGAUAUAUAUUUAUAUAUCUACACUGCAAAACAGACACAAUCGUGUAUCUCGUUCUUCCUCAAACACACGAGUUUUAGGGAGACAUUUUGUUUUUUCAGGCGGGAAAUUAAAACGCUUGUGUUUGUCGAAGCGCGUGUGUGAAUUUCUAAAAGAAAAAGUGUCAAGUGGUUAUCUCUCUCUCUGUGUGUGUAGUGUUUCUAAGAAGUUACAUCAAUUGGAAUUCCUUUCAUUCGAUUUUGCCAUUGGAUGGGACGUCCAACGUGAACAUGCGGAUAGCACGGGGCGAGCCAUGUAACGCUACCCACCACGACAGGGAGGUAGAUAAGGGCGGGCGAGGCCCUUGAAAUCUUUGUCGUCCCACCCGCAAUGCGCCACCCACCGGUGCUCUUACGUCCCGCCGCCGCCCAAACAGCCGAUCCAGCGCCGAUUGCCACAUCAUCUGUCUCUGCUAGCCAAACAACAGUUCCAUCAACAACAGCUAAUGGCAAUAGCAGUGGCUUACAGCAUUUGUACAGCAAUACCGGCGCUAAUCACCAUCCAUCGCUGCCAUGUUCAUCGACUCUUCAUUCCUCAUACACUUCAUCGGCCGGCGGCGGCGGUGGCGUUUCGGCGAAUAGCAACAAUAGCAUUUCAGAUAAUGUUCACGUGGUGGGUCAUCAGUCUGUCAAUCCGACGACACCAACUCCGGUCACUGGAGGACCGGCAUCCGCUUUUUCCGGAUCAGCUCAUUCACUCAUUGGACCUCUUUUGCCGUCGGCUCGGCGCUAUGUCGCCGUUCGGCUCCUCACAGGCGAGACGCUCCAAUUCGAUGUCGAGGUGAAAAGCAAAGGAAAGGAGUUGUACGCCGCUGUCGCUCGGCACAUGUCUUCACUGGGCAUGAAAAGCACCGACAUCUUUGGCUUAGCCAUUCAAAUCGACGGUGAAUACCUGUUUGUGGAUCCGGAGAACAAGCUGGGAAAGUACGCGCCCAAGGGCUGGAAAUCGUCACACGCUAGCGGUUUGAAUAAUGCUGGUCAUCCGCUUUUGGUGCUCUAUUUCCGCGUCAAAUUCUACGUUGAUAGCCACCUCCUGAUCAGGGAUCGUGUGACGCGUCAGCAUUAUUACUACCAACUUCGAGAGAAUGUGCUCCGACACGGCCAACCAGCCACCGAAGAGAGUUUCUUCCGGCUAGCAGCUCUGGCUCUUCAAGCCGAGUUGGGCGACUACGACCCUGAACGCCAUCGGGCCGCCUAUUUUGACACGCAACUCUAUUUUCCCCAAUGGAUUUUGGAGAGAGUGGGAGUGGACUAUGUGGUGCAAAACAUGCCAGCCAUGCAUCGGGAUCAUCGUUGUUUGUCGACCGGCUCAGCUCAACUUCUCUACAUUAAGGAGGCGUCUAGCGGUCACACCCAUUACGGACUUCAUCUUUACCGGCUGCGCAGUUCCAAGAAAUCGGACGAUCAACAACAACUUCAGUUGCAACAGCAACAACAUCAUGCCCAUACUAGUAGUGGUAGUAGUAGUAGUCAUCAUAAUUCCCACCGAUUGCGCAGUGCGGAACGCACCGGAUGUGAUAGCCGCUUGUCCGGUGCCAGCGUCACGCUCGAUCGACCCAACAAAACUCACAAGUUGGACCCGAAAAUUGAAUCGGUUCUUGGUCUUUCUUCUUCCACCGAUGAUUCUUCCAAUGGACGAACACCAUUGGAACGCUCCACGUCUCAACCGCCGUGUUCGACCAACGAGAACCAAACUGUCCAGCAGCUCCACGAACAACAGCAACCGCAUACCGGAACUGUUUGGCUGGGCAUUUGUGGCAGAGGCAUCGACAUUUACGAGGAGGAAGACAGCUUCACCAAGACGGUCCGGGCCACCUUCCAAUGGCCUAAUAUUGGCAAACUCUGUUUCGAGAGGAAAAAGUUUGAAAUCCGCGCUGUUGGAUGUCCGGAAAGCCGCAAGUUCACGUACUACACGAGCAGCGACGACAAAUCGAAACAUUUGCUGUACCUGUGCAGAGUGACGCAUCAAUUCAGUAUGGCCAUGCAGCCCAAGUUGGCCGAACUGCGUAAACUCGAAGAAGAAGCCAAUCGACAUUACCAAGAAUCCAUGGGAGAAGGUACGGCCGUCGAGGUAGGCGGAUGGUGCGAUGCAGGGAGCAGACUGGAACGACCCGACAGGCUUAGCUUACGGGGAUACGGUUCCUUGUCAAAGGGACGUGGUGGAGGUAGUCAGACUCACGGAGACCAACGUAUUUCCGUCAUCAGCAGCACGUCGUCCAACACGACGUCGGGUAUCGUUUCAGACAAAGUGCAGAGCGUCGAUGAAAGCGAAGACGAACUGGACUUGGAUGAACGUACCCGGCCGUCCCCCGCAGCCGCUCCAUCGCUCGAAUCGCUGGCCCUGGCACACCUCCGUGAUUCUUGCGAUUCACUACCUGCCGAACUGGAACGUCGAAAUGAGUCCGAAUCAGCAAUGCAACUGAGACCAGCAGCUCAGAAUCUCACGGCCGGCCAGCAAAAUGUCACCAACAACAGCGGCAACAGCACGACGUUACCUCGACGUUUAGCUGGACUAGGCGCCCGUUUAGCCAGAGUCGGACGUUCGAGCAACAAGACGACAACAUCGACAGCUGCCACAUGCAGCGCCACCACUACGCUGCGAACGUCCAACGAAAUGUCUCGAACCGGAAGCCUCCACAGCUCAUCGUCACAGCACAGCGCAUCCACCAUCCAUUCGAGAUCGCGUUCCAAACCUCGUGUUUCCUCGUCAACGACAAACGGCUGGCCUGGAUGCGAUCUGAAUCCAUCUUCCGACAGGGUGGCCAACAACAGCCCGGCCUCUUGGCUGAGGUUGAACAGCGUCGACGUGACUGACGGAAUCGCUUCCAUGCGGUUGCAACCAGCAGCCGAAGAGAAUCAAAGACGUUCCGAUAUGGUUGGAUGCCAAUCCAGCAAUAAUAGUGGAGCGACAGGUGCAACCGAUCAGCCCCAGAAUUCCGGCAUGGAAGAAGAGAAUCAGUACUGGUAUUCUUGCGACGAUGACGUCAGUGAAACUGGUUCCACCAAUGGCGAGAAAUGUCCAGCUGGAGUUUUGUGCACCGAUUGCAGGAUGGGCAUCGUCUGCUGUAGUGGCUCUCAAUCUCAACAGCAUCUGCAUCACCGAGGGCACGAAGAUCUCCCCGAUCAUCAUCACCACCACAACCACCAUCACGUCAAUCAUCAUCACCUCCACCACGCCAAAGAUCCAUCAGAGAGUAGCAGUUUGUGCGUCAGUGUGGAUCACACGACGCAAGACUCGACCCUCUCCGACUGUCAGAGUUAUUUCCACAGUCACGUCAGCAGCGUCGAUUCGUCAUUGGGAGGUUCGGCUCCACCGCACCCACUCAUUCCGGCGCCGGAAAUGGCCAAUACUCCGUUAGCCGCUACCGUGUCCGCCCUAAGCAAUGGCGGUUCCCUACGAUCGUUACGCAGCGCUAAAGUUAGCGUGGCUUCCACGUCCGAUGAUUGCGGUCCAGCCGUCGAUUAUUCCGUUCAAAGUGGUCCAGCGGCUGAUAGUUCGUCGUCUGCUUCGACGCCAUCCGCAGCAGCCGCCGCCAUGUGCGCCAGCCCCAAGUUGGACUUCACCGUCACCAGCGCCGUGCCCAACACUGGAACGUAUCCGCGUCGCAGCACCGUCAGCAACACGCUGGAUUCAGACAGUGAUUACGUCACACUGCCGCCGCUUUGCCCGCGGAUGCAGGAUAAUAAUGUAGUCAUGGGUGCAAGUAGUUACGUCUUCAUGGAGCCCAUGCAGCCCAAAAAUGGUGGCCAGGUAACAGUGGCCUGCGUCAAUCAGCUGUCCCUCCGACAUGGCAUCAACUGUAAAAUGGUGGACGAUGCGGCCUCGACAACCUACUCGGCCAGCUCUUGUUCCAGCUCUCAAUUGAUGGGUAUGACCAGACCCGUGUCGGCUGCUGCGUCCGCAGCCGCAGCAGCGGCCGCCGCUGCUGCAUCAGAAGCUGCUGCCCGUUUCAUCACUACCCGGCCUACGAUUAGCAUCCUUCAAGCGCACGCUGCAUCCGCAGCUCCGGCCACGCAACCCAGUUUUGCUGCACCGGCGCAACACCUGAUCCCUCCACCUCCUUACGACAUUCGACAACAUCCUUUGUACAAUCAACAGCAACAACAACAACAGCAGCAGCAACAGCAACAGCAGCAAAGCUAUCAUCCAGCUCAAAUCCAGGCCCAGUAUCAGUCAAUGGAUGCUUCAUCCUCAUCGGCGGGAUUGACCUGUUGUCAAUACGUUCCACCUCCGGCUGGUUACUCCUCGUGUCAGCAGACGGACGCGUUCGAACCCCCUCCACCUCCGCCGCCCUACCCCAUCCAUCUGCAGGGUCAAGUACAAGCUCCGCUGACAACGGCCAAUUUGGGACUUCAUUUGAGCCAGCAGUCCGUCUCUUCGUUGGUCUCGAAAAAUAGCAUCAACAGCAUGGCCAGCAGUGCCCGAUCGCUGGAAGCUGUUUCCGAUUCGCACCGGAUCGCCCCGCCCAAUAGUCACGCUGUCUACGCCGAAGAUAGUCUCAACGACAGCAAGACGAACGCGGGCAGUAGCUUGUACGGUGUCAUAACAACAGACCCGGAUGUUGCGGCGGCUGUGGCCGGCAAUAAUGGCGGACAGGUGGCCCCGGUGAUCGGUAAAAACAACUACCUGGAUCUCCACGCCACCAAUACGCUGUCCAGGCGACCUCAACAUCCUAUUCCAUCGAGCGCUCAGCAGCAACAAUCUGUGACGACUCAAUCCGUCCAGCAAGUCAAUGGAACUGUGGCCGUAGGAGCUUCGGUACCGUACGAGCAAUACCAUCUAGGAAUUCCGCCUCCUCCGCAAUAUCCAGGCAAUAGCGGUGGUGGCAAUGGAGGCAACGGUAGCAAGGCUAGUUUCGCUACGGUUUACACCAACCAAGUGACGCAGAGCCAGAUCGAACAAUUCAAAGCGCAAUUGUAUUCGGAUGUGGACUACGUCAUUUAUCCGCACAAGGAUCCAUCGCUCAGCCAACAGGAGUACCUGGACGUGAAAGAAGCAGCUUCUUUCAUUUCCUCAGCGGCCAGCAGCACGUACAGCGAUCAGGGUCAGAUGAUGUUGAUGGGCGAUGGAGCCUAUCUGCCUCCACCGCCUCCUUAUCGAGCUCCAUCGAACAAAUCGGGCACAUCGUCCGUCUACCGAUCGUCCCCGAUGCCCAAUCUUCCGCCGGUUUCCAGCACGGGUGGCAUAGUUUUGAGUGGAACAACACCGGCCAGCCAGCCGCCUCUCCAGCACUUGGGAUAUGGGUACAGUUCUCAUCACCAAGGAGCUGGAGCUAGGCCGGCUUCCGUCCAUUACGCUUCCAAUCAAAGUUUGUCCAGCGGCAAUUAUUCCAGCUCGUAUUCGACAUCGAAUUACUCGUCCAAUUAUUCCGCCCAAGUGCCCAUGGCUUAUGUUCCUUAUCCGAGCAAGUACUUGUCGUGCCAAUCGUUGGCCAGCAGCCACUCAUCCAACCCUAGUGCUGCCUACUCGGCCAGCGGCUGCUAUUCGGCUUCGUCAUCGCACAGCAUGACGGGCAGCUACGAGCCGAUAGGGGCGGCUAUCCAGCACGCCGGAGCAGCUCUCAGAGGCAAACCAAUGGCUCCCCUGCCGGUCCUUUCUCGGGUCCAUUCAGAGGAGAGCAUUUUGACUUACGAUCUCCCUGAAAUCACGACGCUCAGCUCGGCCAUUGCCCGUCAUCAGGAGGCUAGGGGUUUACUACCUCCUCCUCCACCCUACCGCAAGCAGAGUCUCGAUACACCGUCAACUCCGGGAUCAACGUGUUCUUCGAGCGCGCCGUCUAUAGCUCCUGAAGGAUCCAGUUGCGCUUCGGAUGGGGGAAGAUUGCCUGGACAAAAGACGCCGCUGGACAUCAAGACGUUGAGAGAAAAGAGUCGCAAUUUGGAUUUGCCUUUGAUAUCGGCCUUGUGUAACGAUACGACGCUCUUGAAUCAGGCUAAACGGAAACCGAGUUUGGGUCAACAACAAAUCCAGCAGCAACAACAACAACUGCAGCAGCAACUGCAGCAGCAACAGACUCAGCAACUGCAGCAACAUCAGCAGUAUCAACAACAGUCCAUUUCCAACAUUCAGAGUAUGCCCCUGCCUCCGACACCAAUCGAAGCUGCCCAGGGUAAAACGACGGGCCAACCACCUCCCAAACCGGGCGGACAGGUCAACGGACAGCCGCAUGCCUACGUGAUGCCUCGUCAUCCGGCAUCGUUGUCCAUGAGCCAGGCGGAAUCUUCAACUUGUCGCAGGCCGGCACUUACCACUCCCAGACGGAAUCCGGUCACAUCGGUCCAGCAAGCGUCUCAGUCUCGGCCGACUUCGUGGCAUAUUGACGGUAACAAUUGGAAUGUCGGGCAAGGUGAUCCGACCGUCAACGCAGAGAAGAGCAACGCCCCUCCACCUCCACUGCCUCCACCUAAUUCCAACAGCGCCAUCGAGGCUAAAUUGCAACAACUGCAAAAGGCGGCCGUGGCCAUUGCUACUGGACCAGGUUCCAUCAUCGCCGAGGACGGCAAGAUCGCGAAAGCUUUGAAUCUGCCAGCAUUCGCCAAAUCAGUCAAGAACUCUUACGUGGUUUCGCCCAGUCGUAAACAUCCCGUUUCCGGAUUGUAUGCCGUUACCGAGUUAGGUAAACCGCCGUCUGGUUCCCGCAAAAUAACCCCGACAGCCUUUUCCCACCCGCAUAACAACGCAGGCACCAAAGUGACGCAACACACGCCGAAUCCAUCAUCGUUGUCCAAUGGCAAAACAUCGUUCAGUGUUGUCCCUUAAAUAUUAAAAAAAAAAAAAAAAUAAUAAUAAUAAUAAUAAUGUUCAAACUGUGCCAUGAGGUUCGGCAACGGUCGUUUGCCUCAGUGUAAAAACUUAGAGAUAAAAAGAAAAGAACCCAUUUUUUAAAUUCCGCUCAAAAUCCUUUUUGUUGUUUAUGCAGUCAGUGGUUUCCGUGACUCACCGAGGAAAAUUGUAAAAUCCGGUCCCCGACUUUCCCCCCCCCCGCUAUUCAUUUUAGAUGCCAUUGAGUUUUUUUUUUAUUAUUAAAAAAAAAGAAAAGUAAAAAAAAAAAAAAAAA